AUGUCGAAUACGUUAGAUACGGCCAAUCUGGCCCUGAUCUCGCAAGGUGCCGCCUAUGGCCUCCUCAUUGGCCUAGGUGUGCUAUUCUGCGGCGUAAUCCUCAUCGCUGUCAAAAUACAGAAAGCAUAUCUUUCUGAGGAUUCAGGCAAAUCAGAGAUGUUCAUGGUCGCCAAUCGCUCAGUGGGAACGGGAUUGACAGCAUCUGCUGUGUUUUCAUCCUGGAUGUGGAUCAAUGAAACUGUACUAGCAGCAGCGAUGUGCUAUAACUAUGGACUGGCUCUUCCACUGUGGUGGGGAUCUGGACUCUGUUUCCAGAUUGCAUUAAUGGCCGCUCUGGGUGUGAUGGCCAAGAUCCGAGUUCCAUACGCGCACACAUCACUUGAGAUCGUUCGGAUGCGCUACGGCAGAAUCGGGCAUCUAGUGUUCAUCGUGCUCAACCUGGUGAAUAAUGUUUUUGGCUGCGCAUCGAUGAUCAUGACCGGGUCUCAACUUAUCUACGGAGUCUCCGGCAUGCACUUUGUUGCUGCAACAAUCCUGAUUCCACUUGGAGUUGUACUCUACACUGCAGUUGGUGGUCUCAAGGCAACAUUUUUAACAGAUUUCCUCCACACGGCCAUCGCAUUGAUUCUCAUAAUCUACUUUACCAUCGCUGUUCUCACAAACCCGGUUGUCGGUGGUUUGGGGGGCCUGUAUGAUAAAGUGGUCGCGACCGCAGGAGAAAAUUACAUCUCUGGAAACUAUCAAGGAUCGGUCCUGACAUUCAAGUCAAAGGGCGCUAUUAUCUGGGGAUUGAUUUUGAAAUUCGGAAACUUGGCCCUCGUGGUGAUGGACACCGCAUUCUGGCAAAAGUCAUUCGCCACCGAAGUGCAAGCCACAGUCCCCGGGUACAACAUCGCCGCGAUCUCUGUUUUCGGAAUCCCCUGGGGACUGGGAACAGUGAUCGGACUGACGGCCAGGGCGAUUCACAACACACCGAUAUUCCCGACUUAUCCUGGCACCCUGACCUCGACUGAGAUUAGCAUGGGUAUGGUCAUGCCGUAUACUAUCAAAGCACUCAUCGGAGACAAAGGUAUAAUCGGGUUCUUUUUCCUGCUAUUCAUGGCCCUGACAAGCACAGUCUCGUCAUCCAUGAUUGCAGUCAGCAGUAUUCUCUCCUACGAUCUUUACAAGACGUACUUGAAUCCAAAGGUGACAGACAAGAAGCUGGUCAAGGUCAGUCACCUUACGGUUGUCAUCCACGGUGUUUUCAUCACUGGUAUCUCUAUUGCCAUGAACUACGGCGGGGCCAACAUGACCUGGAUCAACUAUCUGCGACCCGUCAUUUCAUGCCCCGGGAUCAUCCCUCUCAUCCUGACACUAUUUUGGUCACGCCAAACACGACUUGCCGCGAUCAUUUCCCCAGUUCUUGGCUUCUUCACCGGUCUCGCUGUCUGGCUCGCAACUGCAUGGUCAAUGUACGGCGCUGUGGAUAUUGCAGCUACUUCUGAAGAGUAUCCUGCACUCUACGCCGCCAUCGCUUCUUUCUUUUCCCCCGCAUUGUACUCCGCUAUCCUCUCCCUGUACAAGCCCUACAUAUUCGACUGGCGAGAAUUCCUUCGCAUCGAACUUCAAGACGAAGCCAAGCUGCACGCAGAUUCCGACUCGGGAACACCCAGUGAGAGCGGCUAUGAGAAUUCUGACUCCAAGAAUGCAAAGGACUCAGUCAAAUCCAUCACAAACAUACCCAAAUCCGAGUCCAUGCAAGAAGAAGACUCAGAUCGGAUCGAUGAAGUGAACGAAAAGGCCCCUGCAAAGGAGCAGCUAUCACUUCCGGUAGAGAAGCAAAGUCUGGACGACAUUCAGCACCCUUUCGACGAGGGCACACUGAAAGAGCUAUACCGGUGGCUGAGAAUUGCUGUGAUUAUGUUUGUGGUCAUCGUGCUGGUUACAUGGGUCGCCUGGCCUCUUCCGUUAUAUCGGGACUAUAUCUUUACCAAGUCCUUUUUUUCUGGAUGGGUUACGGUGGCUAUCAUUUGGCAGUUUGGGGCUUUCGGUGCCGUCGUUAUCUACCCUCUUUAUGAUGGAAGACAUGCCAUCGCGACUGGUACAAGGGGUAUUUGGAACUCGUCCAGAGAAUACCUUGGCAAAAGGGGUCGUUCUUAG